CCAUCACGUUCAUGGCGACUUAUAGCUUGGCGAACGAGCGGCUGCGGGCCUUGGAGGAUAUCGAACGCGAGAUAGGGACUAUCCUGCAGAGCGCCGGAAAUGUGAUCCUGGAGCUGUCCAAGGAGAAAGCCAACGAGAGACUGCUGGACCGGCAGGCGGCAGCCUUCACCUCCUCCGUGCAGCACGUGGAGGCCGAAUUGUCGGCCCAAAUCCGAUACUUGACUCAAGUAGCAACUGGCCAGCCUCAUGAGGGUUCCAGCUAUUCAUCAAGAAAGGACUGCCAGAUGGCACUGAAACGGGUAGAUUAUGCUAGAUUGAAACUGAGUGAACUGGCACGAACCUGUGAACAGGUUCUGGAAACCUAACACAGGGUAGAGAUCCUUCCUUUUCCCUCAUUUAUAAACUUUCUUGUCUUGGACCAAGAGAUUCAAAGACGUGAUAUUAAGUAAGAAGAAUGAAGAGAAGGAGAUGGUAUCCCACCAAAUUCACCAUUAAGAAAAUCCAUGGAAAAGACAAGAGAUAUGGCUUGCUUCAACCAAGAACUCAACACAAAUUAUCCUCUUUAACUAGGACUUGGAUAUCCUAAUAUACAACUUUUCUCUUCCACCCAGCAUUUCUGUUUUCACAUGAUACUUUGGAUUCUUCCUGCCAUCUUGGUCCAGCGCAAGUACACAAAAUGGGAAAGAAGAUCUGAUUUUUAAUAAACAAGAUAAGCCUA